GUUUCCAGGCAGCACAUGUGCGCGACUUCCUGUGAGCGCGGCCGGAGCCAUUGCCUUCGUACAUACGUUCCCUGCAGCGCCUCUUGUAUGUUCUGUGUGUAGUCUUCUUCUCCCCUGACACAUGUUGGAAGUGAAGGAAUGGCUGCCGGAUACAAGACAGUGGAACCGCUAGAAUAUUACAGGAAGUUUCUAAAGCAGAAUUGUCGGCCGGACGGACGAGAUCUGAGUGAGUUUAGGACGACCACAAUAAAUGUUGGGUCUAUUACCACAGCAGAUGGUUCAGCUCUAGUAAAGCUUGGGAACUGCACAGUAAUCUGUGGCAUUAAAGCAGAAUUUUCAACCCCUCCAACAGAUGCUCCCAAUAAAGGAUAUGUUGUUCCUAAUGUGGACCUGACACCAUUGUGUUCUUCACGGUUCCGGAUCGGACCACCAGGGGAAGAGGCACAGGUCGCCAGUCAGUUCAUAGCUGAUGUUAUUGAGAAUUCACAGAUAAUACAGAAAGAAGACCUGUGCAUAGCAAGUGGCAAACUGGCAUGGGUUUUGUAUUGUGAUCUCAUAUGUCUGGAUUAUGACGGAAACCUCCUUGACGCCUGUGUAUGUGCACUGGUAGCUGCUUUAAGAAAUGUACAAUUGCCUUCUGUUAAAAUAAGUGAAGAUACAGGCUUGGCGGCCGUCCAGUUAUCAUCUAAAAGUCCGCUGAACCUUCUGAAGCACCCAGUGUCUACAUCGUUUGCUGUAUUUGAUGACACGUACAUUGUUGUGGACCCAACUGAUGAAGAAGAGAGUUUAGCCACUGGACUUCUGACUGUUGUAAUAGACGAGGAUGGGAAGUUAUGUACUAUUCGGAAACCAGGUGGCAGCUCCCUUUCUGCCGAGAGACUCCAGGAGUGCAUCAGCCGGGCAGUUUCCAGACAUAAAGAAGUGCAAGCUCUACUGGACGAAGUUCUGCUCAGCAUCAAGACACAAUAAAGCAGACUUUUUUUGUUCAUAAAUGACAUGUAAAAAGUUGUAUUUGUAAGAGAUGGACAGGUUUUGUACUAAAUAAAGCAAGCCCUUUGCUAUGUG